GGUAGAUUGCCCGUUCUGGGGCUGGCAAUCCGGGGGUGGCGUAUACUUGCGUGUACAUGGUGGUGUAAGACAUCACUGACCGAGGCGUUUCGAUGGCUGUAUGGCUGAUUGAAAUCGGUGUUCAUAUCGACUUUAUAUGAGAAAAGGGGGCGAGGAAGCAUGACUGUGUCAGGUAUAAAAGGUUGGUGAUAAUCCCCUUGAAUUGCUGAUCAUCACCACCCUAGUCAAGACACUUGGUUCUCACAGAAAAAAUGGUCUCUUUCACCUCCAUCUUCACGGCCCUCGCCGCGGCGGCAACCGUUGUUGCCAGCCCUCUUGAGCUUGCCCUUCGUGGCAUCCAGCCUGGUCAGGGCACCCACGACGGCUACUUUUACUCUUACUGGACCGACGGUCAGGGGUCUGUCGACUACAACAACGGCCCCCGCGGCUCCUACAAGGUCAGCUGGAGGAACGUUGGCAACUGGGUUGGUGGUAAGGGCUGGAACCCAGGUCCCUCUCGCACCGUCGCCUACAACGGCACCUGGAACAACUACAACGUCAACAGCUACCUCGCCCUCUACGGCUGGACUGUCAACCCCCUCGUCGAGUACUACAUUGUGGAGGCCUACGGCACCUACAACCCCUCGGCCGGCACGACCAAGUUCCGCACUCUCCAGUCCGAUGGCGGCACCUACGACGUCUAUCGCACCCGCCGUGUGAACCAGCCUUCCAUCCAGGGUACUGCUACCUUUGACCAGUACUGGUCUGUCCGCCAGGCCAAGCGCGUCGGCGGCACCAUUUCUGUGCAGAACCACUUCGACGCCUGGACUGCUUCCGGGCUGAAGCUCGGCAGCUGGAACUACAUGAUCAUGGCGACUGAAGGUUAUGGCAGCAGCGGCUCGGCUGAGAUUGAAGUGAGAGAGGUCCGCUAA